AUGAACAAACUGCGUGGCGGCGGAUCCUGGACGGACAGCGGACGACGAGGGACCAAGAUGCAGCGACCCAGACGGACGGCUGCGACGGAGGUUUCUGUGCUCAGCUGGCAGCAGGUGGUCUUAAUUCCACCCCUUUCUUGUGGAGCGCUGGUGAGAUUUGAGCAGCACUGCCAAGCUUUGCACAGAGCAAACAGGAUGUUUGCUUACACCUUCUCACAGCCACGUUUUGACAGCGCGAAGCUGGUGGAGUUGAAGCUCCAACACAAGACCAUCUGUGAGGGGCUGGAGUCUGAGCACUGGUGGGUGCUCAGCAACGAUUUCUAUCAUUUGUUCCCGGAGCUUCCUCCUCAGCACUUCGCUACUGUGGCUGCUGUGACCUGCAUCAAGCGCUUUGGAACAUCGAUCAGCGAGGCGUCCAUCUACCUUCGCACUGAAUCAGUGGAGACAUCACUGCAGAAUGUUACUCUGCAAACCAAAGUGUCGAAGACACUGAAGAUGGUGUCCAUUGGUUCAGAUGGCUGCUUCAGGACUCAUCGGUCCAGCAACACGCGGAUCCUUGAGACGCCGUCACCAUUCAUGGUUUCCAGCAAACCAAGAGGACCCCCACCAGGCUUCUAA